GAAUGUACUCUUCAUUGCCCUAUGCUUUAGCUCAGGUUCUUAUUGAGCUCCCUUAUGUUUUCGUACAAGCAUUGAUCUAUGGUGUCAUUGUUUAUGCAAUGAUGAAAUUUGAAUGGACUGCUGCUAAAUUCUUAUGGUAUAUAUUCUUCGUGUACGUCACAUUAUUAAACUUCACCUUCUCGGGCAUCAUGACCGUUGCUUUGACACCAAACUACCACCUCGCUUCAAUUGGUGCUACUGGAAUUUUUGCACUUUGGAAUCUUUUCACAGGAUUCAUAGUCCCAUUAAAGAGGAUUCCAGUGUGGUGGAAAUGGUACUAUUGGUCAUGCCCGCUGGCUUAUACAUUGUAUGGAAUGAUGGCAUCACAAUAUGGAGACCAGAACGAUGUCCUUGAUUAUGGUGUUACAGUAAAAGAACUGUUGAGAGAUUAUUAUGGUUACAGGGAUGACUUUUUAGGAGUAGUCGCUGGAGUGAUUGUUGGAUUUGCACUUCUUUUCGCUCUGGUUUUUGCCAUUGCAGUCAAGUUGUUCAAUUUUCAAAGGCGAUAGGAAUCCUUUUCUAUUAUUUUCCCAGGUUGAUAUUUAGUGGUAUUAUUAAUGUAACAAAAUUAAUUGAAAUAAGGUGGAGUUCAAUACCAAUUGAAGAGAAUGCAUAUACUGAAUUUGGAAUUGUAAUUGAUUUACUAUAUAAAUUCGUUAAGGUAAU